AUGCCCGGGUAUAACAUCGACCGGUUUGUGGAUAUGAGUGAAUCGGAAAGGGAUGAAAUGCAAUGCAGUAUAUGUCAGGACAUACUCCGGGACCCAGUGGUGGCCCCCUGUUGUCUACAGAUGUUUUGCGAGCAGUGUAUCAAUGAAUGGCUUAACACGGAAACUACCUGUCCACACGACAGAAAAGUACUAAAAAUUGAUAGUUUAACUAGGCCACCAAGGGCCUUGGUAAAUAUGUUAAUGAAUUUGAAAAUUCGGUGCGAUUUUCAAGAGAGUGGUUGUAAUGAAGUGCUUAAAUUAGGUGAAUUGACCCAGCACACAAUUACUUGUAAAUUUAUGGAUAGCAUUUGUCAAUUAUGUCAUUGUGAAAAAUUAUUCAAGCAUAAUUGCGUUGAAUCACUGCUUGAUUUAAUUAAUAAAAUGAACAAGGAUAAUCAAGACCUAAAACGGAAAUUAGAGCUUGCAACAAAUGAUAAUGAACCGGUUGCAUCAUGA